GGUGAUAGUGUGCGAUACUGCUAGGAUUGCGCAUGCAAUCGAACGCCUCUAGUGUCAAUCGCCUGCGUAAGUAGAAAUGCAGGAUAUUUGGCCCCCAACGUCCCUUCAAAGUCUAGCGAGCCCUCUUAAUGACAGGCCGCCCCUCUUUCGUGAUUCCGCACAGCUCGAACAAUACAUCAAUACAUCAAAAUGGCCAGCGACAGCGUAGAUAAUCAAAAUAAAAACAAUGAUGGACCAGGUCCUGGCAUCAAGCGCGUCGUCACAGACCAGGGCAAUAAGGCUCAACGACUGUUGCGUGUUGAUCAGAUCUACAGCAGAAAAGACCGCCAAGUACACUUCGUGAAGACGGCCAAACUGACACCACAACCUGAUCGCUUCGGCAAAACCGCGCUGGUCGUCCGUCGCAUCAUUAGUGCGAAGGGCAUGGUAACUGACUGUGAAAUCGAUAUCAAAUCGUCGCACUUGGAUCGACUUUUCAAGGAAAUAUUCAAAGGGGUUCCGGAUCUGCAACUGAACGAGUCACCUCCCAUUGCGUCUCCGAGUCUUCUUUUCCACGCUGCACCUAAGCUGGUAGAGAUAAAAGAAGAAGAGAAACAGAAACCACAGCCAGACCAGCUGCUCAUCAAUGACAUUGGUACGGCUUUGCGGUUUGUGGAGGAAGAUUUCGGCGGAGAAAUCAACAACCUCCAAUCUCUGCUAUCUAAAGGCGAAAUCACUUUUGAUCUUCUAUGGGCCAUUUUCCCGCCUCGGGAGCUCAUCGUUGCCAUGGAACAUGGGAUUUUGAGACAACCCCAGGCCCUAUCCAUAGCCACAUCGGAAUACGGAACCCGCGAUAAUGGAUCAAAGUACUACGAAGCCGAGGGUAGAGUAAUCACGCACGACGGGGAAGACUUCGGCAAGGGUCGCUUCGCCCCUGUCAUCGAAGCAUUUGAGGGCGCAAAAAAACUUACAAUACUGGAGUUCUAUCCUAUAAAGUAUCAUCCCGACGAGCCAGCUUUACGGAAGCGUCUCAUUGCCAGAGGGAAGAAGUACGUGGCUCUGCUUGAAAAUCCAACAUGUCAAGACUAUCCGCUAAAUCAUGCGGUCGGAGAAAAUGAACACAAUCUACAGAGAGCAGAUAAAGACUCGGAGAAGAUCAAUGUCAAAGGCAGAGUCAUGGUCGACCCAGUGGCUUUCUGCAUACACAACAGCUCAUCGACACUCAACAGGCCUGGCGUGCCGCCUUCCCACUGGAUGACAAUGGAGGGUCUCACCGAUGACGACUAUCUCAACUGCGCAUACUGGAUAAACGGAUUUAGCCUGACCCAUAAAAGAUGGUGUCGAAUGGUAGUGGAAGCCAUGGAAGACAUCCAAUGGAACCACCAGGCAUUCCAGAAACUUGUCAUUGACGAAGACCGGCGCCAGCUGAUCCAUGCCCUGGUAAAGGCGCACCGGAACGACGCAACGACCUUCGACGACAUCAUCCAAAACAAGGGUCAAGGCCUGGUCGGCCUGCUCUCUGGAUCUCCUGGUGUCGGCAAGACUCUGACAGCAGAAGCUGUGGCGGAAGUCACAGAGCGUCCGUUAUACAUGGUCAGCGCUGGAGAGCUAGGGAUUCAAGCCGACACGGUUGACAAACGGCUGGGUGUUAUUUUAGAUGUGACUCGCCGAUGGGGAUGCGUGCUGCUCAUCGAUGAAGCUGACGUCUUUCUGGGGACUCGUGGGCACGAUCUCCAGCGUGACUCGCUGGUCAGUGUAUUCUUGAGGCGUCUGGAGUAUUUCAUGGGCGUGUGCAUACUCACCACAAACCGCAAACAGGAUAUCGACCCUGCUUUCCAGAGCCGUAUUCAUUUCACACUCCACUAUCCCGAGCUUGACGAGGCAAGCCGAAAAGCAGUAUGGGCUAAUUUCCUCAAUAUGGUGGGUAGAUCUUCAGAGAUCUCUAAGAUCGGUCAGGGAGAAAUCGAUCAGUUAGCGAAGCAUGUGCUCAAUGGACGACAGAUCAAGAAUAUCGUCGCUUGCACCGUGUCGCUUUCGAGGGAGAGUGGGGAGACAAUCACGUCGGAACGGAUCGAGAUGAUGAUCAAGAUGCUCACUAACUAAUCAACGCGGGGAGUAGGCUAGACAUUGGUGAGAAUCAGGUAGUUAGGUGAUGGCGUCCAUGAUAUCACUUUUUUGUAGAGCUACCUUCAAUUGACAAGGAACGCAUUGGUCAAGUACCUAGCUAGCUUUAUCAGACGCGUGCCUUGCACCCAAAAAUAUACAUGUCAGAUGUAGCCUCGAGAUAAGAGCACUUGAC